CAGCCAUGAUGGUAUUUGAGAGAUGUUAAGAAGCGUGGGGCUGCAUUUUUUAUAAAAAAAAAUGGAAGAAAAUCCAAAUAAUGACGAUUCGGAAUCGAGUGCCACUUUUUGUGCAGGAUGUUUGAAUUCAUUAGACGAUGAAGAAUUUAUAUCAGCACUUAAUCAAGAAUGGCAUAUGGAAUGUUUCAGAUGCUCAGCUUGUGAUGCAGCCUUAUCAAGUUGGUAUUUUGAAAAAGAUGGUUUACUUUUUUGUAAGGAUGAUUAUUGGGCAAAGUAUGGAGAAGCCUGUCAAGAUUGUGGACAGGUAAUCACUGGUCCAGUAAUGGUUGCUGGCGAUCAUAAAUUCCAUCCUGAAUGUUUUCGUUGUACAUCCUGUAGUUCAUUUAUUGGAGACGGAGAUUCGUAUGCUUUAGUUGAACGCUCUAAACUCUACUGUGGUCAAUGUUACGCUCGACAAAUGAGUCCACUGUCGAAAAAUACAGCAAUACCGCAUUCGAUUCGCUUAUUAGAGAUUCUACCAAAUCAAGGUGGUUCUCGUGGAUUGAAAUUGAGUUUAGAUCCAGUGCCUGGACCAAAUGUGAAUAAUCAUGGCCUUAGAAUAACUGAGAUGUUAUGUCAUUUACAUGAAAAAAUUGGAAAAUUUGUCAUAACACUUCUAACAUCAGCUAUUAAUUUUUGCUGUUACGUCAUUAAUACUAGAUUAGAUGUCAAUAACGAGCUUAUGUCGCUACAUGUUGGUGAUAAAAUUUUGGAAGUUAAUGGAACACCUGUUAAAGAUCAACCAAUUGAAAAUAUUGAAAAUUUAAUUCGUUACUCUGAUACUGUUUUACAGCUAACUAUUGAACAUGAUCCAGAAGCCAUGAGUCGAAAACUAGCUGCAGCACCCAUAAACAAUAACUCACGAAGUACACCGGCUGGUGGAGGUGUAAGUAAUCGUUUAUUCAAACGUCGUGGUCAAAAUGUUAAUAAAAAUAGUCAGAUACAAAGUAAUUCCGAGGAGUCUUCCACAUCCGUAAAUAGUAAUAGUCGUUCACGACAAUUACGACGUGGAAAACAACCAAAACGGGGCCUUGGAAAUAGUGCCACACGUCAAGAAGGAACUGAAAGAUCAUCAUCACUUAGUCGACUACUUGAUGGAUCUCCAGCUGCCUAUGAUAGGAUGAUGUCUGAUUCUCUUGCCUUAUCACGUACACGGUCAUUUCGUGUUGAACCUCGACAACAACAUAAAGUAUUUCGAGCAUCCGAACUUCUUCGUGGUGAAUUACUUGGUAAAGGUUUCUUCGGUCAAGUAUAUAAAGUAACCACAAAAGAUACACGAGAAGUGAUGGUAUUGAAAGAAUUACAUCGUGUUGACGAGGAAGCACAAAAGAAUUUUUUAAAAGAAGUAGCUGUAUUACGUAAUUUGAGUCAUAAUAAUGUUUUACGCUUUAUUGGUGUUUUGUACAAAGAUAAAAAAUUACACUUAGUUACGGAAUUCAUAGCUGGUGGUACGCUUAAAGAACUUUUACAUGACACUACUGAACCAUUGCCAUGGGAGCAACGUGUAAAUUUUGCAAAAGAUAUUGCAUCCGGCAUGGCUUACUUGCAUUCCAUGAAUAUUAUUCAUAGAGAUUUAAACUCACAUAAUUGUUUAGUGAGAGAGGAUAAGACUGUGAUUGUUGCUGAUUUUGGUUUGGCACGAAUUUUAUCGCAUGGUACUGGAACAGGAUCAUGUCGAAAGAAUAAAUUGAAUGGCCAUACACCGGGCAGUAAACGAGCGGAACGUAAAAAGAGAUAUACGGUUGUUGGGAAUCCUUAUUGGAUGGCACCCGAAAUGAUGAAGGGAAAUAAGUAUGAUGAAAAAGUGGAUAUUUUUAGUUUUGGUAUAGUUUUAUGUGAGAUUAUUGGUCGAGUACAAGCUGAUCCAGAUUUCUUGCCACGUACAUCCGAUUUUGGAUUAAAUCAAAAUGUAUUCCGAGAAAAAUUUUGUACAAAUUGUCCGGAACCAUUUUAUCAUGUUGCUUUUCUUUGCUGUGAUCUUAAUCCUGAUAAAAGACCGCCAUUUGAGGUAAUGGAAGUCUGGUUAGAAAGUUUAUCAAUGCAUUUAAGUGUGGGUAAAUCUCUUCCGUCCGAUUUAGUAUUUGAUAUCUACCAUUUCCAAGGAUUAAGUCCCAGUUCUAGUGGGAGUACAACUCCAGAAAUAUUAGCUCCAAUUAAAGAACGACAAGGCAGUAUUAAAAAAUGUCCAUCCGAUUGUGUGAUCGUAUGUAACAGCGAAGAUGAACCAGAUAAAUCGGUUUCGGCUAAAAAUGAAACGAAUAAACGGGCUGUAACAAGUUUAAACAUAAUUCUAAAUCCGCCAGAAGAACAGACAAAAGUUGAAGAUCCACCUAAAGUAAUAUCACGAAAUUUUGAUCGGCGUCAUUCUCGAAGUAUGCGUGAUUCUGGUGUAUGUGCAGAUUAUGAGGAUUCCACUCUUGGACGUAAUCGUAGUUCAUUCCGCCUUAGUAAAAAUCUUGCUAAAGUACAUUCAGCACUUAGUCGUAAUAACUCCGAAUAUAAAGUAAACAAAUUGCCUUUAUCGAAGUCUGAAGAAUUUACGGAGAAUUUUAAUAAUAACGAAAAAUAUACUCGGCAAAUUUCGGAUAGUUUAAUUUUAAAUCAAAAUCGAUACAAAGAUACGAGUAAGGAAAUUAUGCGACGCAGUGUGGAAGAAUUACAAGGUGAAUCAAAAUCUCGAUACAACUCUGUGGAAGAAUUAGGAUAUUCAAAGAGUACAUCGUUGAAAGGUUUACAGGCUCAAAUUAAGAACUUGGAAACAAAUAGUAAGUUGGAUAAUAAUUUAAUUAAAACAAUGGAAGAUAUUAGACAACAGUUGAUGGAUUUCCAAAGAAAACGGGGUGAUAAGCAAUAUGAUAGUAAAAAAUUAAAAUCAGAACGAAAUUCUUCGGAUGAGUCUUUAGGUAGUGCAACUACUUCAUCCACAGUAAUGCCGCAAAAAGGUAUACGACUUGAACACAAUACUUCCACAGUAUUUCCAAAAUGUUGGACAAAAAAUUGUGAUAAACCUCCAAGUAGCAGUAGUCUUGUUAAAGGUAUUGUUGAUUCACUGAAUCGAAUUGGUGGCGAUGCAUCGAAGAAGGUUGGAACUUCAUCGACAGCAUCAUCGUUUCGAAAUAGUAGCGGUCGAUUUAUUCGUCGUAAUGAAGAUGAUUUAACAUCACCAAAUCGACCUGCCACUGAAAGCAAAAAAUGCGAUAGUCCGCCAAUUCAAACCACUGCGUUAUAAGUGCAAAAUUCCGUUGAAUCACUUUCCUUUUUUCCCUCAUUCAUAAAAAUUAGGCAAAGGUAAGCAAAUUUUUUCUAGAUCUCUUUAGAAAUUUUGUAAUAAUAUGUGCACGUAUCCUUUACGAAGGGUGUUAUUCUAGGUAGAAAAUAUCUAGUCCUUAUAAAAUCCUUUAACCCAAGAAUAAACAAUUCUUUCUCAUGGCCUAAUCUGUAUAUAGAAGUUAAGUUUUAAUUUCGUUCAAAAUAUCAAGCAGCCUAGCUUUCCAUAAAUGUCCAUUCAUAAAAAAAAUUUUCUGCUUAAAAUUUAUCGUUCUUAGCGUUAGAAGAUACAUGAAUCUAAUAGAUUCAAAAAUCGUAGCUCAAAACAAAAGUGACUUCGCUGGAUCGAUUCAAAUAUCAUUGGGUUCGAAUUUCUCAGUACAGGGUUAAGAUCCGGCUUAACUUAAGCUCGAAAAUAAUUAGUUAUUCAGUUGAAGUUGACGACCUACAUAAAUAUGGUAAUAGCUUAGGUCAGAUGCGUCCACCAUUUAAGCUCGUGAUUUCGCAAACUCAAAAUUAAUUUUUUUUCCUGUUUUUUUUGGCAGCUAAAAACAUUUUUUGCACAAU